AUGUCUAAUAAUGAAACUAGCUUUACAAAAUGUAAACCUAAAGAAAAAGACAACUCCAAUUUUACUCAACAGGAAUUGGCAAAUAAAUUUGGUAGUAUUGGUCGGUCAACUGUUGCAGAAAUUCUUUCACAAACAUCAUAUUGGCUUGAAUUAAAUGAAGAAA